AUGGUACGCAAGUGUACUACUGCUCCUGCAUCGGAGGGCCCUAGCAAGAAGGCCCAAACGGAUCCCAGCGCUGCUUCGGAUGACGCAGCAAAUCGGCUGCUACAGAGCAUCCAAUUCUCGGUGCUCGGAGACGUCGCCCAGCUUAGGGAUGAGCUGGCAAAACGCAAAUUGUUCCCGCGAUUCAAAAUCUGUAGCGUUGAAACAAAGAUCAUGUGCUCCAGCCUACAGCAGUACAAGUCGGUCGGUGACCUGCUGAAGAACAGCACAGUGAAGUUUUACACUCACGAUUUGCCUUCGAUGAAACCAUUGAAGGUUGUUUUACGUGGUCUGCCGUCGUACGAAGCGGCUACCGUUAAAGAUGAACUGGACUCCACCACCCUUGCUGAGCUCAAGAGCAACAUACGUGACCUGUUUCAGGUCAUUAUCGACUGGGAAUACCACAAGCCGCAACACCUUGAUGUGACCCAAUGCACAAGUUGCCUCUCCUUCGGCCAUGGCACGAAGAACUGUCAUAUGAAACCACGCUGCGACAAGUGUGCUAUGGCCCACUCGACGGCUAUCUGUGCUCAAGCUGGUGACACCGUCCCGAAGUGCGUGAAUUGCGGUGGAACUCACCUUACCACUACUCGGGACUGCCCCAAGCGAACGGAAUUCAUCGCCUCACGGCUGCUGCAGCUCUGCCAAAUCAAGGUUCUUCGUCGGCGCCUGGACUACCGUAUGCCCGUGUUGCCUCAGGUGACUCAGUUGACGAAUAUCCGUUAA